AUGACCGUCGUCGAAACCCAAUUGCUUGCCUGGAAAGACCCUAAUAGCACUGUUUUAGUGGGUGAAUGCGUAUCUGGUUUGGAAACUUCAAUCAAGGAUUUGAUUGAUCAAGUCGACCGUGGAUCGGUUCCCGAGGAUUUGAGGGAGGUGAAGUUUGUUACUAUACCGCCAUUUUACAUGUUUCGCAACUUGCUUUGGGAGGAAGUCGAACGGAAGGUUAGGGUUGGUCGACGAGUACUAUUGUUCGGCGAGCACGUGAUUAUGGAGAUCGGGCGUUUGGUUCGGGGGAUUGGGGAGGAUGAAAGGUUUUGGCUAAUGGGGGUCGCUACUCUCGAGACAUACAUGAGUUGUAGAAAUGGGUAUAUUUCGCUCGAGAGCGUUUGGAGCUGCAUCCGAUCACGAUCCCGGGUGAUAGUUUGGGGUUUAGUCUCGUUUCUCAAAGGACGCCGGAAAAAGUUGCGAAGCAGUGGACUCACUGUUUGUCCACAGAUCUAUAACUGGCACCCCUCCAAAUCUUCUUGCACUAUCAUCCUUGAUAAUUUUACCUCCAAAAUGACAGAUUGGGGCCCGGUGUUUGUGGCGGUGGUUCUAUUCGUGCUCCUGACUCCGGGCCUGCUUAUUCAGAUCCCGGCCCGCAGCCGCUUCGUGGCCUUCGGCAGCUUGGAAACCAGCGGGCUUUCCAUACUGGUCCACUCCAUUCUUUACUUCCUUCUCAUCUGUAUUUUCUUGCUUGCUAUUGGUGUUCACAUGUACAUGGGCUAA